AUUGACGUUUGUAAAUGCGAUGGAACAGCUGUGUCUCCAAAAUAAUUAAUAAAUUAAUUAUUUAUUCCGUUUUAAACCUCGAAACGCGACUGCCGAAGUGUCGAUUAGUGCGCAAAUGUGAAGUAGAUUUUGCUGAGUGCUUAACCAAGUGUGUUGUUAUUAAAUCCAGUUAAAAAUGAGUCACUAAUUAAAGUCUGAUUUUGCAUUAACUUCCAAGGCUGUAAUAAUAAAAGAAGUAUUUGGGGCCUAUAAUGGUGAUUACUUAACAGAAUGGUGGAGGAUAAUGAUCGUGCAUACGGCAGGUCUUCGAAUAGGAAUACGUUGUUGAAGAUUGUGAUACUCGGAGAUGGCGGUGUAGGCAAGUCGUGCUUGAUGAGCCGGUUCAUAUCGAAUCACUUCGAUGAUCACAGCUUUCACACUAUCGGCGUGGAGUUCAUGAAUAAAACCAUAGAGGUGAAUGGCAAGGAGUAUACUUUGCAGGUAUGGGACACAGCAGGCCAGGAGCGGUUCAAGUCUCUCCGGACACCGUUCUAUCGCGGUUCAGACAUAUGCAUUCUCGCAUAUGCCAUCGAUGACCGCAGCUCGUUCAACAAUAUCAAGAUGUGGCUCAACGAGUUUCUUCACUAUGCUGGAGUCAAGAAUGGAAUUGAAAAGUUCCCUUUCAUGGUGGUUGGGAAUAAGUCGGACGUGUCAUCCAAGGAUAGGGAGGUGAGCCACGACCAGCUAAAGCAGUGGUGCGACGACAACAAGAUCGCCACGUACAUCGAGACGUCGGCUAAGAACGAUAAUAAUGUCGUGGAGGCCUUCUCGCUGGCUGUGCAAAGGUGGGUAGAAUUAGAACAGAAGGCAGAGAAAGAGCUAGGCAUGCUCCAUCAUCCAGACACAGUGACGCUACACGGCGCAAGCACCGCCUCCUCGCUGCGGUCCACGUGUUGUUCCCGAUUCAGCGACGCGUGAGUCGAUGAUUGAUGCCGGAUAAUCGAGACUUAAUCGAUUUACCCCAAAGUCCCAAAAAUUCAUAGGUUGGUAAAGCCCGGUCUGUGAGCACGUAGAAUUUUGUCCAAUGUGCGAGCGCGACAGCAACAUAAUUACACACGAGCGAUAGGAUGGGUAGCUUGGGGUCAUUGGACAAAAUUCUACGUGCUCGCAGACCAGACUAUAGUAUUUUGUAAACUUGAUAUGGUUUAGACGCUGUCAUUUUGCGUUUCUUAAACCACUUACGUUAGAGCAGGAUUCUCUUACUGACGUUCUUAUUGGAACAAUCGAUGCGAAAUGCAAUUUCCUAGCAAAUGGCAUCUACAUAAAACAAAACUUAAUAGACCCAAUAUACUGAACUAUCCCUGCUGGUUCCGAUUUUUGCCAUGUUGGAAACUAUGUAGUUAAACGCUGGUGGCGCCCCCCUGUCAGGGAGAAUAGUGUUAGAACUUGCGUUACAUAAUUUCAAACUGUUUCGUUUGUUCUACUCGUGUCAACACUGUGGUUUCUGUAAUCGAUUAUGUUGAAAGAUUUGGGGUGAACACUAUUGUCUAUGAUCGAUUAUUCUGCAAGACGACAUUCCGAGUCUCGAUCGAAUAAAAGGUCCAACUAGUUUCGUAUUGUUUGAAAGUAUUUUACUAAGGCACUUAAUGUUAAGAUGCAAAUUAAGUAGUUGAUACCAAUCAAUCAAUUAAUUUUAUCGACACACCUUAUUUAAAAAUCACUUAAUUCUAUCCCAUAAUGUCAUUAACGGUUCAAUUUGAACUUUGACAGUUCUACUGUGUCGUUUUCGUUAUUCGAUUGGUUGUGUCAACUACUCUAUUGCCCAAUGUUGCUAGUUUAAAAAAUAAAUGAAAAUGGGACUAUUCUGGAUUGAUAUUUUUAUCUAUAUUUCUAGAUAUGCGUUAGGUGCUUAUUUAAUUGAUCAGCAUAAUAAAUAUGAAACUCAUUUAGUUUUAAGUUCACAUUAAAUUAGGUACUUAAUCGUUUUUGAGGAACAAUUUGCAUUUUUUAAGUGUCACGUUUUGAUAGGCUAUUUGAUUGGUUUCUAAAAUAUUUAAUUAUUCAUGUUAUGGAACCAAACAGGUUCUUUUUUGUAGAAAAUUAGCACAUAAUUUACAAAAAUACUACCUAUGUUGUCAAAUAGCCUAUGCAAUUUCCCUCAUUAUUUAAAAUGUAGAUGUUCUAUCGAUUUCAAUUGAUUAGCAUGUUUAAAGUAAUUAAAUAGCAUCGCUUUGAUUUUUUAUUUGUAAUUUUGCAGAUAAUUUUCAAUGCACAUGCGUUGUAAAUAUUUUAUGCUUUCUAUUUGUUUACCUCAAUGACGCUUGAUUUCGCCGUCCAUUUAUAUCUUCAAUUUAAUGAUACAGAUGCCUUGAAAGUUUCGCUAGAUAGAUAUAAUAAUGUUACUUAAUCUAUGUUUAUGUAGAUUCUCACGCCUGUAGAUUAAACACUAUAUUAUUUACAUAAUUUUAUCAUAAUUAUUGUUAUUGGAAUUCCAAAAAAAUAGAGGCAGUUUUUUAAAAUCGAAAUAGUAAACAUUUUACAUACUUAUUGACACUACUUAUAUUUAAAUCUGUUAAAUUAUUUUGGUAAUCGGUCCUUUACUUUAAUUUUAGACAUUCCUUUUUUUAACAUAUAAGUGUCCAAUAUUUUGAGACCGCGAAAAAGACGUUUUGGUUGUGGCUUCGGUUGAAUUAAGUAUGCAUUUAUUUUUUUAUAAAUUUACUAAAUAAUUUAUUUCCAUUAUGAAUUGCUUAUUUAUACUCGUAUAUAAUGCUGCAUUUGCUUCAGCUCCAGUAGGCUAUUUUUCCUGUAUACUUAUUUAUGCUUAACUUUACAAUGAAGGAAAGAGCUAAACUGAGUCUUAAUUUUAAACUUAAGAGAAUAAUAUACGUAGACUAAUGUAUAAAGUUGUACGCACCCUUAACUCUCUGCAUUUUACUACGCUGCUAUUCUAAAAAUAGUAAUUUGCUUUGUAAAUGUGACUCUUUUGAAAUAAUUAUGGCUACUAAUAUUUGAACUGUAUAAAAUGGGAACCAAAGAAAAUAUUCCUUCCUAUGUUAAAUUAUUAUUUUUAAGAAUAAGAAUUGCCUUUUCCUCCAAUAAGUCAGCUACCUAAGAAUGUAUCUACUAAUAGGUUUUGUGUUUUCCAAUAUACAAGUAUAGCGGCCUAUAUUAUAGUUAUUGGUAGAUAGUAAAAAAUCGUGCCCCAUUUUAUUUGUGUUUCAAGAAGUAAAUUAAGAUUGUAAAGAUUGCAUUCCAAACUUCAUUUAUGUGAAUUUUGGCGCGAAAGUGUGCGGACUCCGCAUCUACUAGAUAGAGAAUCGGUCUAUACUACUUUGAUCACCUGUAGGCAUAAGAUGCGCGUCUCGAUAAGCGUUUAUCACGCCAUUUUAUCGAUUUUACUCGAUAAACCCAUACAUUUGUCGUCUAAAAUCAUCGAUAAGAUUUUAUCACGGCGCGCAUCCUAGCCCGGCUGGGCGAUCUAAUCCAGUUAAAGUGGACUUCUUAUCCAUGGGUGAUCCAAGGACACCACAGUGUCGCCUGGAGUCCACUUUGAUGACCUGGGUGAUGUAAUCCAGGUGAUCAAAGUGGAAUAAACCGAAAAUACGUAGAUUUAGUAUGUAAAUAUGCACAAAUGUUUAAAUAUACUUCACAGUUUAAAAAUCGCAUUCAAUUUUAAAUAGCGUAUCUAACAGUCGGAUCGAUUUUCUCAGACAUAUCUAAAAUAUGUAAAGAUAGUACCUAAAUGUAUGCAAAAAAUAUGAAGACUACUUAAAUACCUUAAGCGAAUUAUUGCAAUUGCAUUCCUAAGUAAAUAUUACGAAAUAGGUGCUUACAUGUAAAGACUUACUAUUGAGAAAGUUUAAUCUUAAGUCUUGUUAAAACUGCACCAUGUUUGGAAUCACAGAUCUAAUAAAUAUUGUUGUAGAUUUAUCAGUGGUUUGUGAUCUAAUAAUAUUAAGUUCAACUUAUUUAAUAAAUGGCAAUUCAUUCACAUUUUAUAGAAUGCCUUUUCGCAAAGUAUUAUUUCCAAUAUUUCAGCGUAGUUUCACGCAUCAUGAUCCCAUUCAAUUGUCAUUAUUAUACAAGGUGAUUCACUUCUAUUUAUUUAUUUAUAGAACUUUAUUGCACAAUAAAAAUCAUACAAUGGGUAAAGCCUGGUCCGUGAAUAGACUUAAUGCUAUUGAAGCAUUCUCAUUAUAUAUUUUCAUAAACGGCGCUCUACCCUAAAAAAGAUAGGAAGUUUACAUUGUAGUACGUGAGCUUAUUUAGUCUUAACUUUUUACUGGGUCCCAGCAAGCCUAGCCGCAGACCACCGACUUUUAGUUGGGCCAUAGUUUAGUCGGGCAAUCAGUAUGCACAUCUAUGGAAGUGCGCACAUUACACCGAUUUGGUAUCGGCCGAUUCUUCAUACAAAUUAGAAUCUGGUCCAACUAUCGGCCGACUAAAAGUCUGCGGCUAGGCUAGCCAUUCCUUCCAUCAUCAAUCAUGAUUACGAUUUAUAUUGCUAGAUCCACACACUUGCACAUUCCUAUUUCAUACUGCCCGUCACCAAGUGCCUAGCUUCAUAGUGAGCUAUUGAAUUGUUAAUUAGGCGUUGUAAUGAUUAAAUGUUUAAGAAAACACCGUUAAACAUAAACUACAUGGAAGUUAACCCAUGAAAAGUAAUUAUUUACCAAGUAUUGUAAAAGAUCUAAACCUUAUAGCUACCUCCAUAGGAUCUGGUGAUGAUAACAAUUCCUUUAGAUAAGACCCAAUAAAGACAAUUAAGUAUGUACAGUCAGCUUCAAAUACUUAGUUUGCGACAUCCAAAGUAGCCAAUAAGUUCACAACAUGUCUUUGUUACAAUUGAAAUAAGGUUGUAGUCAACUUUUUGGUCACUUUGGGCAGAGUAAAUUCAAAUGAGUAGAUCGUAUUCAUAGAAACGCACGGGCGCACGCACACACUGAAAAAAUUCGGCGCAACCACGACUGGCUCCCCGCUAAAUUUUGUCAGUGUGUGCGUGCGCGCUGCAUACGUAUAUUGGCGCGCUCACAUACAAACCGCGCUCGGUGCGUUUCUAUGAAGAUGAUUUUUAUUUACUCUGCUUUGGGCGUCACGAACUAUUUGACGCUAACUGUACACCGACAGCACAUCAGGCUGUACAUUUUUGUUGCAAUAUCGCACCUAUUACGAACUACAUAAGAUACCGGUUGAUGUGCUGUCUGUACUUGUUGAGUGCGCAGGAUUCGUAGGUAUUUCAAACAAUAUUAUUUACUUAUUAGACAAGACUUUUGUAUUAAUUGUGUAAGUAAAAUAACUGUUACUUAUAUUGUAUUUGUUCUUCUGGAAUGAUGCUUCAUAAUAUUUUUAUCAGGAAAUAAAUUAUAUUCCAUGCUA